AUGGCAUCUAAGCAAGCCGCGAACAAGGAAAUUAAAGAAGGGGAACACGUUGCGAAUCAGGCAGUUGAAGCAAAGGAGCAAGUUGCGAACCUACGGAUUAAGUUUCAUGAGAAAUUGGAAAGAAUUACGGAUGAGAAUCACUCUAAACUUCGAGCGGAUUUGCCAUCACUAAUUAAGGCACUUCAAGACAAAUUUGCAGUGUUGGAGGCAAGAUUUGCUGGAAUCAAGCGUUCUUUGGAUGAAGUGAAGGAUUCUCGUAGCCUUAUUAGUGAAAACUUGACUUCUCAUUCUAUAGCUUCUAUUUUUGGUGUUAUAUCUGUCUUGACAUCCGCCCUUGCUCGCGGUGGCUUUGGAAAAGGCGGAGGAGGAUUCCGGAGUGGUGGUGGUGGCACAAAAGGAGGAAGCGGCGGCGGCGGCAGCGUUGGAAAAGGUGUGGGUGGAGGAGGUGGCACAUCAAAGGGCGUAGGUGGCAGUGGAGGAGGAUCUAAGGGCGGUGGAAUUGGUGGUGCAGGAAGCGGGAUAGGCGGCGCUAUCGUUGGCGGUGUUAUCGGAGGUUCGAUUGCCGGCGGCGGCCAUUAUUUACCUGGUGGCUAUUAUCAUUAUUAUCCUGGUGGCCAUUGGUAUCCUCUUGGAUGUUAUUAUCCUGGUGGCAUUUAUUAUCCCGGCGGCUGUCAUUAUCCUGGUGGCUAUUAUUAUUAUGGUGGCCCUCAUUACCCUGCUGCACCAGGUCCAACAAGUGGCGGCGCCGCUGUCUGCUUAUCAUUGCCGGCCACUUUGUUGAUCCCCUUAUUAGUUUUAAUUAUUCAGUUGCUUUUCUAA